CUGAUGUUGUUGUGCAGGACAAGUGAUUAAGGGAUGGGAUGAAGGUAUUAGAACGAUGAAGAAAGGUGAGGAUGCCCUUUUCACCAUCCCUCCUGAGCUGGCUUAUGGAGAGACUGGAUCCCCACCAACUAUCCCUCCCAAAGCCACAUUGCAGUUCGAUGUUGAAUUGCUAUCGUGGACCAGUGUCAAUGACAUAUCCAAGGAUGGUGGAAUAAUUAAGAAGAUCUUGAAAGAGGGAGAAAAAUGGGAGAACCCAAAAGACCUCGACGAAGUUAUAGUUAACUUUGAGGCUCGGCUUGAUGAUGGAAAAGUUGUUGAAAAAUCUGACAGAGUGGAAUUCACUGUCAAAGAUGGUUACUUCUGUCCUGCGUUAUCAGAGGCUGUUAAAACAAUGAAGAAAGGGGAGAAGGUAUUAUUAACAGUGAAACCACAAUAUGGAUUUGGGGAUAAGGGUAAGCCUGCAUCUGGUUAUGAGGGUGCCGUUCCUCCAAAUGCCACUCUUCACAUCACUUUAGAGUUGGUAUCAUGGAAAACUGUCUCAGAAGUGACAGAUGACAAGAAGGUUAUUAAGAAGAUCCUGAAAGAAGGGGAGGGAUUUGAACGUCCAAAUGAAGGGGCUGUUGUUAAAUUGAAAUUGAUUGGGAAGCUGCAAGAUGGUACGGAAUUUUUGAAGAAAGGUCAUGCUGAAGGAGAAGAGCUGUUCGAGUUUAAGACAGAUGAGGAGGAAGUGAUUGAUGGGCUUGAUAGAGCUGUCCUGACAAUGAAGAAGGGUGAGGUAGCACUCCUGACCUUUGCACCAGAGUAUGCAUUUGGUUCUUCAGAGUCCCCACAGGAGUUGGCUGUGGUACCUCCUAAUUCGACAGUCUACUAUGAGGUUGAGCUCGUAUCUUUUGAAAAGGAUAAGGAAUCAUGGGACAUGAAUACCGAAGAAAAGAUUGAAGCUGCUGGUAAGAAGAAGGAAGAAGGGAAUGCACUGUUUAAGGCGGGUAAAUAUGCAAGAGCUUCCAAGAGAUAUGAAAAGGCUGUCAAGUACAUCGAUUAUGAUACUUCCUUUAGUGAAGAGGACAAAAAACAGUCGAAGGUGUUGAAGGUUGCUUGCAAUCUUAACAAUGCAGCUUGCAAGCUGAAGCUGAAAGAUUAUAAACAGGCUGAAAAGUUGUGUUCCAAGGUGUUGGAAAUCGAGGGUAGAAAUGUGAAGGCCCUGUACAGAAGGGCUCAGGCAUAUAUUCAGCUGGCAGAUUUGGAUUUGGCUGAGCUUGACAUCAAGAAGGCUCUUGAAAUAGACCCCAACAACAGGGAUGUGAAGUUGGAGUACAAGACGUUGAAGGAGAAGAUGAAAGAAUUCAAUAAAAAGGAGGCCAAGUUUUACGGCAACAUGUUUGCCAAAUUGACCAAGUCGGACUCUCCGGAUUCCAAUAAAACAGCAGCUAAAGAUGCUGGACCCAUGAGCGUAGACAGCAAGGCAUAAGGGGACUGCAUCACAUAAUCGGCUCGCAGCUUCUAAUUGUGUCAUUAAGGAGUAAAUUCCUAGCUUUUUUAAAUUCUGUAGGACUACUUGGUCUUGGCGCAAAGAAGUUGUAAUGGAUGAUUUACUAAAACUGGAUUGUUGACAUUGAAUUUUAUAAGUUAAAUAUUUUUCAAUAUA